CCAUUCACAAGUCAGUCUUUCGUGGGUCGUCGAGGAGCAAAGUCGUUGUUUCACGGGCGGUGUGUCGUUACGGUGUUUGGCGUCGCGCCUGCUGCGGCUAUCGGAAUUUUAUUAUAUCGAACGCGCGUUCUCGCCGUUGUGUGGUGAAUAUGUGUGCGUGAGGAGAGUCGCAGAGAACCGUCAUAAUAAUUAUACACACUUUUUUUUUGGCUUGCUGCGGGUCCUAUUUUUUCGCGAUUUCUCGCGCUAGAAUCGGGGUGAAAUUUCGGGAUAUUGCGCGAAAGUGAAGUGAAUCUAUUUUGUGCAAGUGACAUUUCUCUCGGUACAUUGUGCACCGCCGCGGGUGAGUGGGGAAGACAAAAAUUGUGUGGAAAAUUUCUGUGUUCGCGUCGACGAAGACCAGGGGACAGGGAAGUGAGUAAAAAUAAAAUAUCUUAGCUCGACUCAGCUCGACGCUGCUAGCAAUCAAAGUAGUUUUUGACGUUUGAUAACACAUAGCAGUAGUAGUCUGUGCUGCGGUUCGGUGUCGGUCCCGGGGCCAAACAUAGUGGGCCUUGCGAAUGCGAUAAUGAUAAGCAAGACGGGGCAGGAUAUUGUCGCUUCGCUCGAAAGUUGUUGAGUGGUGAUAAAAAAAAUCAACAAGACGCGACCGUCGACGUCGGCCUAAUUGAGAUUUCCUCUCUCGGCUUUCCAGCGCAAUUAUCGGGGCAAUUUUGUAAUAAAUAGCGAAAACCAGCUCAGUUGGCGUUCGAUUUGGUGCGUUUUAAGUGUGUGUAGGAAAAGUUUGGCUUGAUUCAAGGCGGAGAGCAGAUUUGUGGUGAAUUCGUCUACGAGAGGCUAGUCAAAAUAGCUACGGGGAUAGUUUGCCAGAAACGCACGCAAUUUUAGUUUUUUUUUUUGGUGAAACCACGAAAAGAAGAGUGUGGUGAGUGUGGGUGACACAACAGCCGUGGACUUCCCCAGCUCGCACUUCAUCAACACGCGAAACAUACCAACAUUGCACGAUCCACAACCGACGUCAAUCUGUUGAUAAGAUUCACUGCCAGCAGCAGCAGCAGCAGCUGAGCUAAAGUUUGAUCCCGAUUCCUGAACAAAAAAAAAAGGUUGCUCGCGGCCACCGUACGGAACCAUCACCGGAUCCGGAACGCUCCCCCUCAGCGCAGGGCAACCGAUGCGCCCUCGAAGGGCCCCCCGCCACAAGCCGUCAUCUGUUGGUGAUUUGAUCACCAUUCCGGAUUGACUAUACAGAGUUUAAGGCGAGCAGUCCUUUCUAUGCCGACCACGAGUUCGAUCAACACUAGAAGUAGUGCCAGAGGCAGUUGUAGACGAGAGAUCAAAUCACGCAACACGAUGACGUAAAUGGGACAGAAUUGCGACCAGAUUGGACCACUUUUACACACGGAGAGAGAGAGAGAGAGAAAUUCGUCAAAAGAAGAAACCUGCACAAAUCUACCAAAAUACUAAAAUACUAACCAAAAUCGAGUGAAAGGAAAAAUCGAGCAAAAUCGACGCUCAAAUUUUGUAUGAAACAGCUCGUGGACAUUCCGAAGCUAAAGCUGGCCACCAGAAUGCUGACCCGGAGGAACUGGCUGCUGCGGUGCAGCAUCCUGAUCAACGUGGCCGUCCUGCUGUACCUCUGCAGCCAUUUGCUGAUUGGCGGGGGAAACUUCGCCCUCGGCCCAGCCUACAUCAUCUCGGAGGAGGGCAUGAUGAAGGCGGAUGCGAGGACCGCCGGCCAGGGUCAGCUCCAGUACCGGACGCACAUUCCGGCCCACCUGGCCCAGCAGUUGCGGCAGCAGGAGCAGGAACAGCAGGAGCAGGAGCAGAUGAUGCUGCAGCAGCAGCAGGCUCAACAGCAAGGACACGGGAGUUUAGUAUUAAAAAUUCAGGAAAAUGGGAUCAGUGUCCAGGAGGUGGUGCCCCAGCAGCCGGGUCAGAGUCCGGACCAGCUGACCGAGGGUGGUGCCGGAGUGGGGGAGGCAGGCGGAAGAGGACGCGAUGUAGAUAACACUAAUAAUAACAAUAAUAAUAAUAACAACAACGUAGACGAUAGUCGAUUCGAUGUGCCAACAAACGAACCAAGCCAGAAUGGUCCCAACGGGUCAAACAAUAACAACAACAUCAACAACAAUCGAGGGGGCACCGAGGUGCUGUACCAGGACGGUGGAAAUGGCCAGGGUGUCAACGGUGGCGGCGGCGGAGCUGGACUCCUGAACGUCAGUGACAUCUUUUCCACCACGGCGUCGAUCGAUUUCGACGUAAAGCUGAGGUCCAUCCUGAACUGUCACGACCGCGACUACGAGCCGUACAUCGGCCAGCGCGGUGACUUUUGGGUGCUGAAAAACUACGUCCGGGCCGAGCACGGCGAGCUGCGGUGCCACGAGGCGAUCACCUACACCACGCACGCCGACUACACCUUCCUGGACAAUCUGAUCCCGCUGCUGGAGAGGUGGAACGCCCCGGUCAGCUUAGCGAUGCACGCGCCCGGAACCGACUUCCAGCCCACCGUCAACGCGAUCAAGUAUCUGCGGGACUGCCUGGCGGAGAGUCACCUCGUGCGGCAGUUUGUCACGUUUCAUAUUUAUUUUAGUAGUAAACAUAUUCCAAAAAACGUUCCUAAGUACGAGAAAGUAUUAGAACCCCCCUACAACUGUUCGCUGCCGGCGCCGUACUUUAACGUGUCGAGCUCGCAGCUGUACAAGACGGCCAAGAAGCUGCUGUACCCGGUCAACGUCGGCCGGAACAUUGCCCGGGACGCGGCAAUGACGCACUUCAUCCUAGCUAGUGAUAUCGAAUUGUACCCGAAUCCGGGCCUAGUGCAUAAGUUCUUAGAGAUGAUAGCUAGAAACGAGCCGGUGCUGCAACGGAAGAACCCAAGGGUCUUUCCGCUGUCAAUCUUCGAGGUGGACAGCACGUCGCCGGUGCCGCGGGACAAAACCGAACUGCAGGAGCUGCUGCGGAACGGGAAGGCCAUCUCGUUCCACAAACGGGUCUGCUCCAGCUGCCACGGCGUGCCCAAGUCGAAGGAGUGGAUCGCGGCGAAUGAAACCGAUGAUCUGGGCGUGUUCCACAUCGGCAAGCGGGUGGGGUACUUUGUCCACUGGGAACCCAUCUACAUCGGAACGCACGCCGACCCGCACUACGACGAGCGGUUAAGUUGGGAGGGCAAAAGUGAUAAAAUGACGCAGGGCUACGCCCUUUGCGUCCUCGACUACGAUUUCCACAUCCUGGACAACGGGUUCCUGGUGCACAAGCCCGGCAUCAAGGUGCUCAAGAAGGACCCGAAGCGGGCGAUGCUCGCGGCCAAGACGAACCAGCUGAUCAAGAAGAUCAUCUACCCGGAGCUGCAGGUCAUGUACGGCUCGCGGAAGGGCUGCGCCGUAUAGUUGAAGGGGAAACAACCGGCGGUCCACUAGUAUAAGGAGCAGCAGCAGCCUCAGCCGAAACGAUCCGGGUCCGGUUCCGGAAAUGGCCACGGUGGCAGCGGCAGCAGCAGCAGCGAUGGUGGUGGUGGUGGUGCAGGUGGUGGUUUCAGCCGGUCGGACGGAUCUGCGCAGGUCACGGCCGGGGUCGGCAACUUUCUGGUCACGUUCCGGGAGCGGCCGCGGCCGCACGUGGCCGGACGGCGCAGAAAGGGCAAACGGAAGGGGUACGUCCGCCGGCGGAAGUAAGUCUUGUUUAAUUUUUAAGUGAGAGCAGCAGCAGGUAAGAUCGAGUCUAGUUUUGUAUUAGGUAUUUUUUUUUCGAUUCGGGGAUGAAUGAACGGGAUUCGAGAAUGCAACGAGAGAGAAAGAGAUAGCGAGAGUUUUUAGACGUCUAAGCAGAAAAGUGAUAUAAACUACUGUCUUAACUAUACUCUUAGGGUUAGGGAUGUAAGAGGCGAAUAAGCCGGAGGUGGACAAACUAUAGGCCAUUUUCUAUAGUGAUGAUUUGGAGAAAAAAGAAGUUUGGCACAUUUCAACACACGGGAAUAAGAAAACUAUUUGAAAAUCAGAGCUGAAACAAGGAAAAUAACCUGCAAGAAAAAAAAACACAAAUCGCGGGAUAUUUUUUAAAUCACUUUUACACGGAAAAAAGCAAAUAAACAAACCAUACGACUUGAAGGCAUGGAACACUCACCAAAACGCGCAACACUUGUAAAAAAUACUUGAAAUAUACACAUUCUCAAUCACAGACAAAAUAAGCAGCAGCAAUGGACGGAAGUUUGAACCAAUAGCGUUACCAUAACUUAGAAAUUUUGACUGUUUCAAUGGAAGUAGCAUAAAGUUGAGCACGAAAAUCCUGAAAGAACAACUCUCUAUCGCAUUUCUACGUCAUUUACUAUUUAGCAAACCUCUUUCCUCUCUGCCUUUUCAAUAGAUUUGAUACGAGCAUUUAGUUCAGUGCAGCGUCACAGUAGGCCUAACAACCUCUCUUUUCCGCGAUGAUAUUUUCACAUUAACCGGUUCACGAAUUAGGUUAACCUAUUUUUUCUACAUCACCGUUCGAAAUCGCUUAGAUUUCGGCAAAACUAUUUUUUUUCGUGAAUUUCUAUCAAUUUAUGUAGAAUUUUGACAUUUGUCUCACUUAUAACAGUCUGUGCUUUAUUUUAAAUGUUUCAAAAGUGAAAAUAAUUGAAAGCAUUUUUUAUUUGACAAAGAAUCAAAGAAGGCCGUUGCAAAUAAUUUUAAAAGUUUAUGUUCCUUACUUCUGGCCAAAGUCUAGGGGGAGGGGAAAACAAAAAAAAAUGAAACAGCUUGCCAUGGUUUAAAAAUUUCAAUGAACAAUGUGUUGUAAAAUGCAUUGUACAUCAGUGCGGUUGUUUUACAAUCAUGAAAUGUCGAAAAAUCUACAAUUUGACAAAAAAAAUAUUUUUUCGGUUGACAUAAGCUUUAAGAAUUAUUUGUAACUGCCUAAUUGCUUUGAAAAAAAAAAAUAUUUAAACAAACAAACAUGUUGUGACAUUAUUUGUUUAGCUUGAACCUUUUUCGCAGAAUUAGAAUCUACAACAACAAAGAUCAUCUGUCAAAAUCCAAAGUUGAUUAUUUUUUUAAGGUAAGGCGAAUUUUUCGGUUGUCGAAAAAUAUAGCGCAGCGAAAACCGAAAUUUAUAUGAAAUUUUUCUGCAAAAAGAGAAGACAAUGUUAUCCGAUGUUUGCUCUGUAGCAAUGUUAAGGUUGCCAAACUGGAUUGAUUUUAGUUGCGUUUUAUUUUCUUGGUUUUGUUUCAAUAUUGAGGCGUUUCCGAACCAGUUUGGUAGCUAACUAACCCAACAAAUUCAGUUUGGGGUUUCGAGUUUUCUAGAAUUCUGUCAGAUUUUUUUUUGUGCCACGCAAUAACAUGUUUUGAUCUGAUCUGCCAAAGUUCGAAAAUAAAUCAUGUACAGAGAUAAAUACGAUAAAACUUGCCCAGGAAAUGGUUCAAUUUUUACUUUUCUAGUAAUCUCCGUAUAAUAUCCGCUUUGCGUGACAGUUAAAUUUUAACAGUCGAAAACCCUGUCUAACCUUUUAUAAUCAAUAUACUUAGGUAAAAACCGGGUUCAGAUUACGUGAAAACUUUGUUAGAUAAAUCCCAAUUUGCUUUGAUAUAAUUUCAGAAUUUCGGUUCAAAAUAAUCAUUUUUGUAAUUUUUAGUCUGAAUUUUGCUUAAUUUUUUUUCAGCAAUAUCUUAUAAAAUACCGUACUAAAAUACACAUAAAAACACAGAUCUUCCUCUUCCACCUGUCCAACUAUAUUUCAUUUUCCAACUAAGACAAAAAACAACCUUAUUUCUCGUUUCAACUAUAAGAUGAGUGCCUUAUUGUAUUGGAAAAAUGAACAAACAAAUAAAAAACCAACAACACACAAACAAGAAACAAAAAUAACACACACACAAAAGGUAAGCUGUGUAUAAAAUUACUCGUAGACUACAACCCCAUUUUUGUGUAGAUAUUAGGUGACACUAGAAAACAAAAAAAAGAAACACCCAUUUUUAUCAUCUUGGUCGUCUGUCAUAAAAGCAUAAACAAACAAAAAAAUCACACACACAAAAACACUCACAUUUGAGAAGGAGUUUUAAUCGAUUCUUCGUUUUUGAAAUUAAUCAAAUCAAAUCUAACGUUGCGUUGCGUUCCAAAAUCCACUAAAUUAAAUGAUCUUAUUCCUCCAAGACUCUCAAAAAUCAGAAACAUUUCAGUUAGAGAAUUAUCCUAGGUAAAACAGCCAAGUAGCGAGGCGAAACAUGUGCUCAUUUAAACAAACAAAACAAAAAAACUGUAAAUUUAUCGCUAGUAGUUUUAAAUUUGUAUAUUAUUUCCUCCUCAAGUAGGCGAACCAUCCCAAAAAAUGGUAUAACGAGCAAUUUAUUAAAGCAUAGUUUUUUUUUCUCACAACUUUUUCCUACCAAUAGCGUUUUAAACAAAACAAAAAUGGUACCAAUAGACUCAGCCUAUUGAUUACGAUUAGCGAAGCAAACAAAAUAAUACGGUGUUGUAUCUAAUACAAACAGUUAGCACGAACGAAUUAAAUUUGCCACUAGAAAGUUGCUUAAGGGCAUACUUUUUCUCUUGUUUUUAAAACUUAGAAACUUAGUUUUAGCUAGCGUUUAGCGGUGUUCAGUUGUGGAGCAAAAGCAAACAAACUGGCAACACUGUGUGUAUAGAUCUUACUUAUACAUAGAGAACGACAGAGAUGAAGCACAUUUUACAAUACAUACCAAUACAGACACACACACAGUCAAACCACAUCACACAAAAGAGGCAAAACAUUAAACUAAAGAAAACAAAACAACAGAAAAUUUCAUAUCCGUGCGUGACAGCGCGAACGCAAAAAAAAAACAAACACAAACAAAAAGUUAUCCAAUAUGUUAACGACAGAAGCAAACAAACAAAAACUUAGGCAUGACUUAUUUAUUACCCGUUUUUUAACCUAGUGCGAGUAGUGCGGAAACUCAAAUCAAAGAAUCAAAUAAAGAGAACAAAACAAAACAAAGCUAGCCACUUCACACUGGAAAUAUCUCCCUCUCUUUCUCACACAAGUACACAACUACACUCAAACACGACACGGAAGUAAAAGUCAUUUUAAAGAAGACAUCACACACAUUUAUUCACGCGCAUUAUACAAAGAAAGAGUAAAGUUACGGUAAGUGAGAUAAACGUGAAAUGAGAAGGUGAGAAUGCGAUUUUGGAGAUGUGUGAAGAAGAAAAGAAAAAAAGAUGAAGAAACAAACUAUUGUGAACAGAACAAUGGAUACACAAACACACACACAAGCGCCCAACUCUUUUUAGUGAGCGAAGUAAGACAACAACAAAAACUACAAGCCGAACAAAAUAAAUGUAU